AACUCACACUUUAAUGCUCUAGAAAUUUUGGGGUAUUACAAAUCAAGACCAUGAAACCAAUUAGAAGUCCUAACCUUUUCACUGCACUCCGUUCUUGGUAUCUCAUCUCUAUUGCUGCUGCCUAUGAGGCACAGAAGGAUGGCACAUCUUCAUCAUUUACAUUUGACGACAAGGGCAAGGAUAAAGACGAUAGUUUAUACGUCAAGAGUCUGAAUUUUACUUCCAAGAGUGAAACGACGUCUUUCGUGACCAUGUCAAUGUCUUUCAUGACAUGGUCGAUUGUGGGGAAGAGAUUCUAUAAGAAAGUGACCACCAGAGAGUCGAAUGAUGAGGUUGGAUGGUUGGUGAUGCUUGAUUACCGAAUGCUAAAGACACCCUUUAAGAGGCUCCUCAAGUUGCCCACUUUGGCCCUGGCUAAGGCCAUUGCUGUUGAAUGGGAAUAUUAGGUGUCUUCAAAUCUAGUCUUCAUGGGUGUGUUGAAUGCAGUUUUUCUAAAAUCCAGAUUUGGGUUUAAGAAAGGAAGAAGGGGGGU